AUUUGUUGACAGAAACAGAGACAGAAAACAGAGAAUCAAGAGGGAAAGAACACUGAUGCAAAAGGCAAGGAGACAAAAAAACCAAAAGGAGAGGGGCAAACUAACCCUGAGGCUAAGCCUCCAAGAGAGCCAAACAGUGAUCAGAAGGGAAAACAGAAUGCUCAGAACACUCUUACACGAAGAAAGAGAGAAGCUGUUAAACCAGGGUCAGAUAAAGAGACAAAAGUGACAGAGAAAAGUCCUAAAACAACUGAAAAGACCAAGAUGAAAACUAAAGACAAGGUUGCGAACCAAAUUUGUAAAACAAAACAUGAUGGGGUCUUUAUACUAGCCAUUGAGGCUACAGCAAAGGGGGAAAACAACUUUGAUCUACAUUUGGAUGUUGACAUGAAAGGGAAGAAUGGUUAUCUGUCUGCUUCCGAUUGGCCUCUAUAUCCUUUUUAUGGCACCAUGUCACUUCUGUAUGUGUUCUAUGGCCUUGUGUGGCUAAUUGUUUCUGCUUGCCAGUGGAGAGAUUUACUCAGAAUACAGUUCUGGAUUGGAGGUGUUAUUGCUCUGGGUAUGCUGGAAAAAGCUGUGUUUUUCUCAGAGUACAAUAACAUUAACAUUAACGGGAUCACAAACCCAGGAUUGACAGUUUUUGCUGAACUUGUGUCGUGUGUCAAGAGAACAUUGGCUCGAAUCUUGGUCAUCAUCGUUAGUAUGGGAUUUGGAAUUGUCAAACCUAGACUGGGAUCAACUCUCCAUCGAGUGUUAGGAGUUGGAGCUUUGUACUUCAUUCUGGCUACCAUCGAGGGAUGUUUCAGAGCACUUCGUCCGAAGUCUGACCCUGGUCGUCAGCAGUUGAUCGCCAGUAUCCCGCUGGCUGUUUUGGAUGCCUCUAUCUGCUGGUGGAUAUUUAUGUCCCUGGUUCAGACUACAAGGACCCUUCGCAUCAGACGCAACCUGGUGAAACUGUCUCUGUACCGCCACUUUACAAACACUCUUAUCUUUGCAGUUUUGGCAUCUGUGGCCUACAUGAUUUGGUCCAUCAAGACUCACAGAUUUUCUAAGGAUGGUUGUAUUACGGAUUGGUCUGAGUUGUGGCUUGAUGAAGCUUUCUGGCAUUUCCUGUUCUCGAUCGUGCUGCUUGUUAUUAUGGUUUUGUGGAGACCUACAGCAAACAAUCAAAGAUACGCUUUCACCCCGAUCGUUGACUUUGGUGACGAAGAAGAUGAAGAUGAAAAUAUGACCCUGUCAGAUGCUUUCGAUGGCAUGAAGAUGAGGAAUGUCAAGAAUACACCAGAAGUUAUCAUCAAUGGCGACAGUAAAAGAAAACACAAACCCGAGGAUGAUCUGAAAUGGGUUGAAGAGAACAUCCCCAGCUCGGCGGCCGAUGCGGUCUUACCAAGUGUCCUGGACUCAGAUGAGGAACUAAUGACUACCAAGUUUGAGAUGUCCAAAAUGGAAUGAUUUUUCUCCUUUCCACCGAACUGCUAACGCGUUUCCUCUAAACUUCUCUUCUCAACGCUCAAGAUUCAGAGUUCACAAUCAAGUUGAUGAGACGCGUCAUAGUGAAAAUGUGAUACCGUGUUUUGAGAUUUGAGAGGGAUUUUUUGUUAAAAUAAAAGUGUACAAUCAAGAGAUCUGGGCACUAAGAUCGGUGCUCGUUUCUGCUCUUCAUCUGGAGGAAACGAGACACUAGUUCAGCAACAUAAGUUUAUUUUCUCAUUUUCUGGAGGGUUCUAAUCAAAUCUUGGAAAAGUCAGAACCCGUUUCUGAAUGACUUUGCCUUCUUCUUUGUACUUUAAAUUUUAGUGCUGAUAAGAAAAUAUCUUAUGAACAAAUCGAUCUAAAUUAUUGGAAUCCAAACGGUCACAGCCCUUUGCGGAAUCAUCUAACGUGUUUCACUUCAGAGGUUUUUGGAAAACUUCAGUGAAAAUUUUGAAGUAGUUUUAAGUCUUACGAAAGCUUUAUUUUUCCCUUGAUAAUGCGCUUCCAUUUGUUACGAGUUCUAAGAAAAGCGUAUUGCUGUUUUUGAUAAAUGUCGAUCUAUUACUUUUGAAAAAAUUCGUGGCUUGUGUGACGCGGCGUUUCGUGUUGGCCAAGAGACUUGUCAGAUACUUUUAGUUAAUUUUAAGCGAACUCGUCGAGCAUCGCACUCAAAAUAUAUAUCUUUUCUGUUUUGUUUCUUUACUUUAAAUUACUGCGUUGUAUUCCAAGCUGUUGUAUUAGCUCGCUAAUCUUUCUCCCUCUGUGGGUACUCCACAAGAUUUCUAUAUUGUGUGGUUUGGUCACAUGUUCAUUUUGAAUCAUUUAAUAUAUAGAUUUUAACGGUAAAUGUAAAUCCAUUCACUCACUGUCGUGAAUUACAGUUGCUUCGGUCGAGUUUACAAAUGUCUCGCUCAAACUUAAAAGUGUCAGUUUUCACUCGUGCAGUCUUUGGAAGAGUUCAUUUGGUUGUUAACCGUAAAUGGCAACUUUUAAUUUAAAAAAAAAAAAAAAAUAGAACACGUAAAAUGUAGUAUACAAUCUCAUCAAUGGUUCACUCUUUACUACGGCCAACAGGCAUACUCGACCACGAUUGGUCAAAACUUUAAGCCAAUCGGAAUCGUCGUCUUUGGACACGUUCUUGUCUAAUUCAUUUUCUGAGGCAGAGAGAAAAUUGCCUUUAACGGACGUAAAGCAUUAAAAUAAGAGUUUGUCAGGUCAGGAAAAUACCAGAGAUUCAAAAUUGAACAAAAAAAAGAUUAAAGAUGGACAAGGAUAUAGAAGAUUCAGGCGGAUUGCAGUUUUCAAACUUAAAAACUUAACUCAAACCUUGCCAUAACGAGUUUAACUCAGGAACCGCAUCAACUCGAUUUCACUUUAUUUGCAUUUGAUUGACAUAUUCGCCUUACGAACAGUCGUGUCCAGUACCCCCGUUUACCGAUUAAUUAUAAUCCUUGGUUCACUCCAAAUCGAUAUGAUCGGUUGUCAUUGUAGUUAAUGCGGGAUUAAUUUAAAUCAGUUCUGACGCAAUCCAGCUUAGAUGAUUAGGUACCGCUAAGAGCAAUUAUGAACCUGAUUCUCUCUCCAUCGAUGACGAUAUUUUGAAAAAUAAAAUUAUAAAGAAACAAGUUAUCUGUAAAUAUUCCAAGUACUUAGUAGAAAUUGGCACAUCAAAAUGAAUUUUGUCCCAAAUACAAAUGAAUAAUACGUGGAAGAUAAAUGUUUUCAUCGCGCACGACAGGGUUACAUCAUCGAAUGUGUGUUCGCCCUUGAAGUCGUUAAAUGCGGAGUUGUGGAUUGAACACAUACUUAAACUAUGGUCUAUGACUCGGCACAAGUGUGUGUGGAUUCUUGCAGAUAUUUAGCGAAUCAAAACUUUCACGCCUUUUUUUCUCUAACACGAUAAAUUAAUAACGAUAAUAGUUUUUGCUUACUGCAUUUAAAUUACUCUUACAGGGUUUUUUUGUCCGUCAGCAUUUAGUGCUGAGAAAUUGUUUUGCAAAUAUAUUUUAGCUUUCAGAAGCCUUUGUAUUUCUCGCUAGAUGUGUUGCUCGAUAAUAACUACAAUUUCAUUAUCUACGCAGAAAAGCUCCUUUAAAUACGUGACAGUUUCGAUUAGAAGCUGUGUUCUUUUUAAGGUGUGUUAAGUAUUUCUAUUAAAUAGUUAAAUCAUGCCUUUGGUUUCAGAUAGUUUGAAAAUAUAAAUUACUAGUUAAAGAAAUAGUGCGCAGAAGUGCUUGUGGACGAUCAAAUUAGAUUAUUGAUUAUCUUUUGAUUGUUAUUGAGUCAGACUGAUAGUCUAGUAGUCGUCUGUUUAGGGAAUCGUAAUAUUUGUAUUAUUUUAAGAUGUUAUCAGUCAGGUUUAAUAAAUUUGUUCGAAGCCUUCA